AUGGCCCCCCCACCCCCCGCCAGGGGGUACCUACUGGGUACCCUCAGCAAGACGUCUGAGGGUACCCAAUCACUCCAACGAGCUGCGCAACAGAAGUCGAGCUUCGACGCAAACUCCAAGAUUGUCCGCUUUAGGAUUGGCGAUCUGGUACAGUGGUAUGAUUUAGAAGCGGACAACAACCGCCUCUCGGUGAACAAGCUAAAGCCACGCUGGUCGGCGCCAGUGCAGAUCUAUGCACAGCACCUAAAUUCAUUUUCGCUCUGCGACCUAGAAGGCAAACCGCUAGCAAACCUCCAGUUUGUACAUUCGAGACGGCUACGACACUACAUCCCGCUACGCGAUUCUACCCUGGACCAGAAGCACCCGCGAGAUGCGACAACACCAGACCCCACAACCCAGGACCUGGAGAUCGCGGCGGCGGAGGAACGGAUGGCAGAGGAGGCGUGGAGGUCGAGUCUCUAA